UCGACAAACGGCGGUUCCAGCAUCAGCAUCAUCACUCGGCAUCCCAAACUCGAGACUUGAAACUCGACUUUUUUCCCAGAGGAUCUCUUUCUUCAGGCAUUCCAAAUGUUGCGCAUACGCAGUGUGAGCCACGUGCAGCUGCUCGUUCUAAUGGCAAUCGUUGUGGUGACGGCAAAACAGGAGAGUUCAACGCGUCAAUUUGGUGGCCAGAACUUCGGCAACGGCUUGGGUCCCUCCUUCGGUGGCGUGGGCGCGGGUGGUCUGGGGCCUGGGGCCGGGUUUGGACCCGGAUCCGCUGCCGGAUAUCCGGGACAAGGCGGCUACGUACCACCGCAGCAGCCGGGCUGCCCGCUGUGCGACUCGUCGGUUUACUCGUACUGCUCCCACAAGAUGGUCCACGAUGCCUGUUGCUGCGAUUUUCCAGGCGGUGCCCCGCAGUUGAGACCGCCCCAGUGUUUGUACUACGACUGCUCGCUGCUGUAUGCCAAAUCCUGUUACGAGCACGCCCUCAUCAAGAACUGCUGCUGCAAUAAUCCCUACUGACGCGCCCAUUUAUCGGCAAAAUCGAGAAGUAUCGGGAAAUUGGAAAUGGAAAAUGGAAAAUGGGUAGUGCGGAGCGCCAAGUGAUUUGUUUGCACUUCGGCUUCAUUUAUUUAUUCAAUCCAUUUAAAAUGCAUGUGCGCAGCGCGGACAGAUAUGUUUUUAAAUCAAGUUUGUGCGAUUGCUUGAAGCGCGCUAAAUUAAAUUAAGUAAUUUAUUUGACAA